UCGGAUUCAAUGAGUUACUUCAUCCCAAUAUAGCUGGGCUUAAGCCCCCUCAAAACUACGGCUUUAAUCAAAAUGAAGCAAUUGAAAUACUAAAUACUUUGUUCCGUGAAGGAGAUUGGAGGCUAUUAAAUCAUAUAAGAAUAAUAAUUGGUAAUGAAAUUAUAACUACUAAUCAAAUUAUUCGAGACAAUGUAGACGAUUUUAAUUUUAAUAAAAAAAGACAAUACUUUACACAGCUGAUAAAGUGCAGAUAUACUGAAGUAUUAAAAAACUAUAAUACACAUAUAACUGCUGUAAUUCAAACAUGCAGAAAUGAAAAGACUAAUGGUAAUUUAAUGGCCUUUGUAGAUUGUACUAUUAAAUUUUUUGAAAUAGUUAAUGAUUCAAAAGACUUGUUAAAAAUUAUGUUGCUAGCUUUAAAUAAAUUAGAAGAUUCAAAUAUUUGGGAAGUGUUUUAUACUCCAUAUUCAUGUUUAACGCAAACCUAUAAUAUAUUACGUAAAUUUUCCUCCGAAAUUGAACGUCUUAAUUUUAGGAUAACUGAUUUUAUUAAUCUAUCUAUCAAUGAACUAGAAAUGAAAGUAUCUCAAUUCUUAUUUGAUUUUCAAAAUGCUCGAAUAAAUUUUACUCGAAGACUUAUGGACGAACGUAAUACUGUUCAUAAUUGUUGCUUGAUUGAAGGUGAACUUUUAAAUAAAAAUCAAUUAAUAGAUUCAUGGAAGAUUAUUGUAUCGUUAAAUAAUUAUAAAAACACACUUGAACGUCCAUUACGUUUGUAUGAAUACGCUUUGGAACGCUUUAUCGCGUUUUUUAAUGCUGCUAUUACAAGUGAAUACGACUGUUUAGGUUUCAAUAAAAUAACUAUUAGCAUUUAACAAAAAUUUUGUAAUUUUCUUUUAUUUUAUAAAAAUGAACUUUAUUAAACUUUUAAUCGCUUUUUUUUAAUAUUAUUAUUACAAAAUAUCUGUAGUAAUAUUUAAUUUAUAUUUGUAAUAAUUAUCAGGACUACGACUUUUGGAUAAAUAAAUUG